AGAUUCUCUCUCGAAGAGGCAUGAGGCCCCUAUUUUAGGGAGUUGCUCGGGAGAAAACUAGUCAGAAAGAUGACAAGAGGGAGGGAGACGGAAUAGGUCGAGCAUAGAGAAGAGAAGAGAAGAGAAGACGGCGAUAUCUUCUUUUUCCCCGCCGGAACCAGCCCAAGUCCGACGUACGAUCGAGCAGAUUCCGAUGGCCACGGCAGGCGAGGGCAAAGAGGAGGAGGAGGAGGUGAACGACCACCCGAUCGAGGAGGUCCGGAACACGGUGCCGGUGAGGGACGACCCGUCGGAGCCGUGCCUGACGUUCCGGACGUGGGUGCUGGGCCUCUCGUCGUGCGUGCUCCUCGCCUUCGUCAACGAGUUCUUCAUGUACCGGACCACCCAGCUGAGCAUCGGCACGGUGGUGGUCCAGAUCGCCACGCUGCCCAUCGGCCGCCUCAUGGCGUCCGUGCUCCCCACGAGGCGCUUCCGCGUCCCCGGCGGCUGGUCAUUCUCCCUCAACCCGGGGCCCUUCAGCCUCAAGGAGCACUGCCUCAUCACCAUCUUCGCCGGCGCCGGCGCCAGCGGCGUCUAUGCCAUGAACAUCAUCGCCAUCGUCAAGGUGUUCUACAAGCGCCAGAUCAACCCCUACGCCGCCAUGCUGCUGGCCCAGACUACCCAGUUGCUUGGGUAUGGAUGGGCUGGAUUGUUCAGGAAGUACCUCGUUGAUUCAGCCUACAUGUGGUGGCCUUCAAACCUCGUCCAAGUCACCCUCUUCAGGGCGAUGCACGAGGAGGAGAAGAGGGCCAAGGGGCAGCUGACGCGGCUGCAAUUCUUCAUCAUAGUGAUGACGUGCAGCUUCGCCUACUACAUCGUCCCCAGCUACCUGUUCCCGGCGAUCAGCACCAUCUCGGUGGUGUGCUGGAUGUACAGGGACUCGGUGACGGCGCAGCAGAUCGGCUCCGGCGCCAGCGGCCUCGGCCUCGGCUCCUUCGGCCUCGACUGGAACACGGUGGCCGGGUUCCUCGGUAACCCGCUGGCGUCGCCGGCGUUCGCCAUCUUCAACAUCAUGGCCGGCUUCGCGCUCUCCACCUACGUCGCGCUGCCGCUCCUCUACUGGACCGACACCUACAACGCCAAGCGCUUCCCGCUCGUCUCGUCGCACGUCUUCGACGCCGCCGGUGGCCGCUACGACACCGCCCGCAUCCUGGACCCGGACACCUUCACGCUCAACCUCAAGGAGUACAACUCCUACAGCCGCAUCAACCUCAGCGUCCUCUUCGCCAUCAACUACGGCAUCGGCUUCGCCGGCCUCAUGUGCACGCUCUCUCACGUCUUGCUCUACCAUGGCAGGGACAUUUGGGGUUUGUGGCGGAAGACCGCGGCGGAGCAGGCGAGCGGCGGGAGCAAGGAGCAAGACGUGCACACGAGAAUCAUGAAGAGGAACUAUAAGGCCGUGCCACAGUGGUGGUUUCACUUGAUGCUGGUCAUUGUGAUGGCAUUGUCGCUGUACACCUGUGAAGGGUUUGGCCGGCAGCUCCAGCUGCCGUACUGGGGUCUGCUCCUUGCCUGUGGCAUCGCCUUCACCUUCACCUUGCCCAUCGGCGUCAUCUCGGCUACAACUAACAUGCAACCAGGGUUGAACAUCAUCACGGAGCUCAUCAUCGGGUACCUGUACCCCGGGAAGCCACUGGCGAACGUGGUGUUCAAGACAUACGGCUACAUCAGCAUGGCGCAGGCGCUGACGUUCGUGGCGGACUUCAAGCUGGGGCACUACAUGAAGAUACCGCCGAGGUCCAUGUUCGUGGUGCAGCUGGCGGGGACGGUGGUGGCGUCGACGGUGCACUUCGGGACGGCCUGGUGGCUGCUGACGACGGUCAGGAACAUCUGCGACAUGGACAGCCUGCCGGCGGGGAGCCCGUGGACGUGCCCCGGCGACGACGUCUUCUACAACGCCUCCAUCAUCUGGGGGGUCGUCGGCCCGCUCCGGAUGUUCGGACGCCUCGGCAACUACUGGCAGAUGAACUACUUCUUCCUCGUCGGCCUCCUCGCCCCGGUUCCCGUCUGGCUGCUGUCUCGCCGGUACCCGCGCAGCGCCGUGCUCCGCAACGUCAACAUGCCGCUCAUCUUCGCCGGCGCCAGCGGGCUGCUCCCGGCGAGGUCCGUCAACUUCAUCAUGUGGGGGCUAGUGGGGUUCGUGUUCAACCACGUCGUCUACCGCCGGUGCAAGGCGUGGUGGAUGCGGCACAACUACGUGCUCGCCGCGGGGCUCGACGCCGGCGUCGCCUUCAUGGGCGUGCUCACCUUCGUUUCGCUGGGCUACUUCGACGUAUACGGGGUGCAGUGGUGGGGUGUUGACGCUGACGAUCACUGCCCCUUGGCGUCAUGCCCCACAGCACCUGGGGUGGUUGCCAAGGGAUGCCCGGUUGUACCUUCAUUCUGAGGACAACAGUAUGCAUGCCUGAUGGCCACAUGGAUAUAUCAUUAUGGUUAUUCAAUGUAUAUAUUUUGCUUCAUAUUAUACCGUAGUGUAGAAGUGAAGUUUAAUUAGCACCAUGUAAACUAGGAACUUAUAAGUAGGGAGAGCAAAAUCUAGCUUCUUUUCCCUUGGUA